AUGUCUGAUUCUGGACAACAACGACGUGAAUGUCGAGAACCCCACACCUUUCUGGAGAGCACUUAUUUAGAGAGAAGUACAUCCCCGCGGUUAAAUAAUCUUACACAAGAGAGUCGUCGUGGACGAAACAAUGACACCACUGGAUCUUCUGUGUUUAAUCGCUUCAGUAGUGUGAGUCCACAUCAGGCUGGUAUCUCCUACAAUAGCCAUAGCGAAUUAUAUGGUAGCGGUGGUUAUUUCGUUCCUCCUCCUCCUCCUUCUGCUGCAGGGGGAGUAAAUGUAUUUCCGGCAUCUCAUCAUACCUCCAAUAGUGUUAAUUGGACACUUCCACCACCCGCUGCUGCCGCUGCCGCGACGGUUGCCGCUUGGGCAGUACCGAAAGAUGUUCCAUGGAUUCCACCGCCGCUGAUAUCCCCCAAUGGCCUUCCGUCUAGUGUGAAUAGCAGCCAUCACAACACGACCGUUGGGGCUUCUCUUGAGGGAGGCGUAAAGUGGCCUACACCGCAGGAUAUUCCAUUGCCGUCCAUGUUUCCAUUUCCCCCAUACUUACUGCCGCCUUUUCCACCUCUUCCACCUAAUGUAGAUUUGAGUCAACUCCCACCACCACCACCACCGCCGUGGUUCCCUUCUCCCUUGCGAGAGCCAAAUGGUGGAGUGAUGGAAGAUGAUGAUUAUGUAGAUGAGAGUUCAAGUAGUCGAGACAAGGAUGUAGAUAUUAAUCCUUCCAAUAGAAAACGAAUGAAUGUUUCAUAUAAUAAGAGAUAUACGCGUGAACCCUCUUUAUCGGCACAAGAGCAACAUCAUAUGCGUUCAAUUACGAAAGAAGCAAGACGAGAUUUACAUCGUCAGUUAUCACGUAGUGUGAGUGCAGAUUCACAGUAUAAAAAUAACGAAAUAGAUCAAAAACGAAAACAGAGAUCUCAACCCGUUCGAUAUGUUUCACCAAAUGGUAAAAGAACGGCUACACCUCGUACAACCUUAUCGACUGCUAAAAGGUUUACAUCACCUUCUUAUUCACGAGGUACAGCUGCUACUGCUGCUGCUAUGUCUGCUCCUGUUUCCAAAUCUAAUUCCAAUAGACGAACUGACUACUACACAGCUGCUCGUGCAGUAAAAGGGGUUUCACCUCGAUUAGAAGAUGUAAUGAAGAAACAUUCAUCCGCUGUAGGUAUGCGUUUGGAAAAUACUUCACGUGGGGAAGGUUAUGCCCGACAAUAUCAUAGAAAAACAGAGGAAAGAAGUGGUAACUAUCAUCAUCAUCAUCAUGAUCAUAAUUAUGAAGAAAAAGAAAAAAGAGAGCGACAGUUUCUAUCUAAUCUUGGUGAUGCUCAUGGGACGACGACGACACCUCUCUCCUACCAUGGAUCUGGUAAACGGGAUGAACAACGGGCGGAGGAGUAUGUAAAAGGAAUUGAAGAUCUCUACAAGCGUUUGCGUAGAAGUUAUGAAGAGUUUCAACGGGAUCCAUCAAGUUUCGUUCGUAAUACUUCAGCUUUGAAGGAAGCAGCAAAUGCCAUGGCUCCACCGCUGGAUAGCCGUAUGAAUGAUACUCAUACACAUGAGAGAAAAGAGAAGAAGGAAAUAAGCCAACGUAAUAAUAAUAAUAAUGAUGAGGAUCGUGAAUCUACUCAAGUAAGAGAUCUGGGACUUCCAUCUCAAGAGUCUCAACGAAUAAGGGAUGAAUUAUUGAAAUUGGAAAUGCAAUGGCAGCGGUUGGAGGAACUGAAACGUGGAUCCACAGGGGAAUGGGCUGCAGCACCAGUGGAAUUUACUCCACAAAAUUCAAGAUUGAUUUCACCUCAGCGUGAAUCACGCAGUAUCAGUGCUAAGAGUAGUAAUCACUCUGUGAAUAGCGAAUAUUCUAAAAGCCAAAGAGCAAAGGAACAGAUAAAAAUUAUGAAUGGCACUUUACGACGUGGAUCAGAUCUGCCGCAUUCUACCCGUGCAGAUGGUGUUACUACCGCUAAAGUGGCUACUGGUAUACGUUCUCAUAACUCUACACCGCUCUCACAGAGUGAUACAUUGAAAGGACAUCAUUUAGAUGGUACUCAAACAAAUCCAAAAGACCGUAACAGUAACAGCAGUAGUAAUCGAGGACCAUUUACGCGUGAACUUGUUCUUGGUUUGGUAAGAGAACGAAAAGCUAUGCUUGAGUAG